AUGGAAGCUCGACACGAUCUCCAAACAACCAAUCAGGAUUACCCAAAACCGAUUACGGCACCACCGCCUCCGAUCUCGAAAGACAUAGAAGUAAGGAGAGCAAUGGAAGCAUCGUCGAAAUCGAGUCUCUUCAAUCUUACAAGAAAAGAUAUACUAUACGAAGACGAAUGGCUCAUAGCCGUUGAUAAACCAAAAGGUAUCUACUGCGAAGCUCUUCUUUCCUCUGCUUCUCGUCUUCUUGUUGCUGAUUCUUCGAAUGAAUAUCAUCUCGCCAAUAGAUUAGACCGUGAUACUAGUGGAGUGAUGCUGAUUACUAAGUCCCAUAAAGUCGCUGCUAAGCUCGUUAAGGCAUUCACAGAACACAAGAUUCGUAAAUCGUACAUUGCUCUCUCAAUCGGGCCAUCACCAAAUUGGAGUAAGAUCACGAUUAGGUCAGGUCAUGGACGGUCAAAACACGGAGCCUGGCGAGCUUACGCUGCGUUGGACGUUGGUCGAGUCUUACCGGGAGGGUCAGUAGUUAGAGACAUGGAGACAACGUUUGAAAUUGUAUCCGUAAACGGAGAAAAACCCCAAGCAUCGGAAUUGGAAUCGGUGAUUGUUGUCGAUGGGGAACCGGAAUUUUGUUGUAAUGGAGAGGAGGAUGUUGUUGUUGUGGUUAGAGCGUUUCCACGAAAUGGGAGGACGCAUCAGAUCAGGCUACAUUGUCAGUAUCUUGGGAUACCAUUAAGAGGAGAUGUUAAGUAUCAUGGAGUGUAUGAAUGGAGAGGAAGAACAUUCGAAGGGCAUGAGCUUCAUGCUGAGAGCUUAUCUAUGGAUCAUCCAGUUACCGGUGAUCCUAUUGUUAUCCGAGCUCCACUUCCGUGCUGGGCCACCGGAGAUGGAAGAUGUAACGGUUAG